AUUUAAACGGGAAGAUAUUCUUCAAUAAACUGGUAGGCUGAACAUGAAAACUGCUUCAGAGUUUUAAAAACAUAGUUCAUCGCCAUUGUUUAUGUUCUUCAGGUUGAUAAUUAAGCUUCCUUCACGAACGGGCAUCACCCGAGAAUAGAAGAAUCUAAAUUCAAGUUGGGCCUUCCCGCUCACUAAUAAGCCCCUUCUUGGGUUUAAGCAACAGAGAGAGCUCGUGUCACUGCCACUGGAACCUAGGGUUUUUCACCUCGCUGGUCUGGCUCGGCUUUGUUUUAGCUAAUUUGGACGUCGAAAUGGAUACUUCUCCCAGCUACUUCGACCCCGAAGACCUCACUAUCAGAGAGCAAUUUCGCCGUUACGGGAAGAGGUCCUCAGCUUCAAGCGUAUCCCCCCACCAAAAAAAUUCAGCAUCAAAGUUCAGUGGAUCCCGGUUAUUAUAUGAUGACCAGAGUAUCCAUAGCCCAACCAAUGCUGCACUUCUUCUAGAAAAUAUAAAACAAGAGGCUGAGAGCUUUGAUGCUGUUUACUCAGAAGGAACGCCUAUAAAGACAUAUUCUGCUUUGAAAAGGAGUUUGUCUGUUGAUGGUCAUGAAGUCCCAGAGGUGGAUUUCGGUUUUGAUUCAGUCCGUCAUUCAUUAAAAGCUUGUAAACAUGAGGAUGAGGCAUUGGUAGAUGGUGGAGAUUCAACCUUUACUUUGUUUGCAUCUCUACUUGAUUCUUCUCUUCUUCAAGGUUUGAUGUCUAUACCAGACCUAAUACUGAGAUUUGAGAGAUCCUGCCGAAAUGUGUCUGAUUCAAUUAGGUAUGGGUCUAACAUCCAACAUCGGGCCGUAGAGGAUAAGUUGAUGAGGCAGAAGGCUCAGCUCUUGCUUGAUGAGGCUGCUUCCUGGUCCCUCUUGUGGUACCUUUAUGGUAAAGGGACUGACGAGAUCCCCAAAGAGCUCAUCCUGUUGCCCCCGACAUCACAUUUGGAGGCUUGCCAGUUUGUAGCUCAGGACCAUACAGCACAAUUAUGCCUGCGGAUUGUUCAAUGGCUAGAAGGUUUAGCUUCCAAAGCACUUGAAUUAGACAGCAAGGUACGAGGAUCACAUGUGGGUACUUAUCUCCCUAGCUCUGGAAUUUGGCAUCACACUCAACGGAUUCUUAAGAAAGGAGCCUCUAAUACAAACACUGUACAUCACUUGGAUUUUGAUGCUCCAACGCGCGAACAUGCUCAUCAACUACCUGAUGACAAAAAACAAGAUGAAUCUCUAUUAGAAGAUGUCUGGACUCUUUUAAGAGCAGGAAGACUAGAAGAGGCAUGUGAUCUCUGUCGAUCAGCAGGACAACCAUGGAGAGCUGCAACUUUAUGCCCAUUUGGAGGACUGGACCAAUUUCCUUCUAUUGAAGCUUUGUUGAAAAAUGGAAAGACUAGAGCUUUACAGGCCAUUGAACUGGAAAGUGGCAUUCCUCACCGAUGGCAUCUCUGGAAAUGGGCUUCUUAUUGUGCAUCUGAGAAAAUUGCAGAGCAAGAUGGAGGGAAGUUUGAAGCAGCUGUAUAUGCUGCCCAAUGUAGCAACUUACAACGCAUGCUUCCUAUUUGCACUGACUGGGAGUCGGCGUGCUGGGCAAUGGUGAAAUCAUGGCUAGAUGUGCAGGUGGAUUUGGAAUUGGCUAACAUACAACCGGGGAGCCUGGAUCAAUUUAGAAACUCUGGAGAUACAAGUGAUAGGAGUCCUGCUAACGGUGACCAUUCUUUUCAGCCUUCAAAUGGACCAGAAAAUUGGCCACUGCAAGUUUACAACCAGCAGCCACGGCAACUUUAUGAUCUUUUUCAGAAACUUCAUUCAGGGGAAAUGGUGCAUGUAAAUGUUACUCGAGGAUGCAAGGAGCAACAACGUCAAAUUGAGAUGAUACUAAUGUCAGGGGAUAUACCAUGUCUUCUAGACCUUAUAUGGUCAUGGAUAGCACCUACAGAAGAUGAUCCAAAUGUUUUCAGGCCUCAUGGAGAUCCUCAAAUGAUUCGGUUUGGUGCACACCUAGUUCUGGUGCUUAGGUACUUACUUCAUGAUGAAAUGAAGGAUGCUUUCCGAGAGAAAAUUAUGACUGUUGGGGAUCUCAUUCUUCACAUGUAUGCAAUGUUUCUCUUUUCAAAGCAACAUGAGGAGUUGGUGGGGAUAUAUGCUUCUCAACUUGCAAGGCAUCGUUGCAUUGACCUUUUUGUGCACAUGAUGGAACUAAGACUGAACAGCAGUUUGUAUGUUAAAUAUAAGAUCUUCCUUUCUGCAAUGGAAUACUUACCAUUUUCUUCUGGGGAUGAUUCAAAAGGAAGCUUUGAAGAAAUUAUUGAGAGGGUUCUAAUAAGAUCUCGGGAAAUCAAAGUUGCUAAGUUUAAAAAAUUAUCAGAUGUUGCAGAGCAGCACCGGCUGCAAAGUCUUCAAAAAGCUAUGGUUAUCCAGUGGCUUUGCUUUACACCCCCAUCUACAAUUACUAAUGUUAAAGAUGCUAGCACAAAACUUCUUCUCCGAGCAUUAAUACAUAGCAACAUAUUGUUUAGGGAGUUUGCCCUGAUUUCCAUGUGGAGAGUGCCAGCAAUGCCUGUAGGUGCCCAUACAAUACUUAGCAUUCUUGCUGAGCCUUUGAAGCAACUUUCAGAAUCUUCUGAUGCAUUGGAGGAUUAUAAUGUUUCAGAGAAUCUGAAAGAGUUCCAGGAUUGGAAUGAGUACUAUUCGUGUGAUGCAACAUAUCGCAAUUGGCUCAAAAUUGAAUUAGAGAAUGCAGAGGUUUCCGUUGAGCUCUCAUUGGAGGAAACAGAAAGAGCCAUUUCAGCUGCCAAGGAGACUCUGAAUUCAUCUCUCUUGUUGCUACUAAGAAACGAAAAUCCUUGGUUAGUGUUGGCUGAAGAGUUUAAGAAUGAAGCAUUGGAACCUGUAUUUCUUGAAUUGCACGCCACUGCAACGCUCUGCUUACCUUCUGGUGAAUGUAUGUGUCCAGAUGCCACAGUGUGCACUACACUAAUGAGUGCCCUUUAUUCUUCAGUGAGUGAGGAAGUUGUGUUGAAUCGGCAACUAAUGGUGAAUGUUUCCAUAUCAUCGAUGGAUAAUUACUGCAUUGAGGUGGUGCUUCGCUGCUUGGCAACAGUUGGUGAUGGUCUUGGGCCACAUGAAGCAAAUGAUGGUGGGAUUCUAGGUGCUAUCAUGGCUGCUGGCUUCAAAGGUGAGCUUCCAAGAUUUCAAGCUGGAGUUACAAUGGAGAUUUCCCGAUUAGAUGCUUGGUAUUCAAGAAAAGAAGGUUCUUUGGAUGGCCCAGCAACAUACAUUGUGCGGGGUCUUUGCCGCAGGUGCUGUCUUCCAGAACUUGUUCUUAGAACCAUGCAGGUCUCUGUCUCACUCAUGGAGUCUGGUAUUCCUCCUGAAAACCAUGAUGAAUUGAUUGAACUAGUUGCUUGUCCCGACUCUGGGUUCGUUCAUUUGUUUAGUCAGCAGCAAAUGCAGGAAUUUUUGUUGUUCGAGAGGGAAUACUCGAUAUGCCAAAUGGAGCUUCAGGAGGAAGAAAUUUCGUCUUGAUCAUUGCUGCUGGUCGAGGAAAUUCUCUGGUUCUUUAGUGAGAGGUCCUGACAAGUUUGUGAAACGGUAGCAAUUUUAUGUUACCGUGGUAGAGGUGUUUUAUUACGCUGAUAUGGAUGUAUAAAAAAAGAAAAAAGAAAAAAAGAAUGAAUAUUCCUUGUGUAUAAAUUUUAUAGUAAUUUUUGUUUUUUUGUUUUUUUUUGGGUUUUUUUUUAUAAUUAUUAUCGGAAAGUGUGUUAUUUUCAUUUUCUUCAUAUUUAUUGAUCAUUCUAGUUAUACUUUU